GCAACAACACGGCCGCACUACUUUGUCUGUAGCUUCUCCAUUUCAUCUCUCCAAACCAUUCUCAGAGUGAAAGUAUGGAUUUGAUUGUACCUACGAAUCAUGUCCAUGAAGGGUUUUGCUCAUUUCAACAUUUUCAUGGAGAAAGUACACGAAAUUGUAGUUUUUUUAGUGCUAGGCGUGGCGCUUAUAAAGUUGGUAUCAAAUUAAGUUCUAAGAAAGUUUAUGUGCGGUACAAGGCUCCCUUUCUUGUUCAGUCUGCUGAUAGUUUUGAUUGUAAAAAGCGUAAACCUCAAGGGUUUCAAAAGCAAACGCGGGUUUUUGCUGUUUCAAAGAAUGAAACACUUAGUUCUAAUGCUAAACUGAAAAAAGUUCAGAAAUCCCCACAUGGGCAUCUGUUCAAUGGUCAUAUUUCUUCGAGUCAGGAGAAUUCUUCUCAUAAUUUUGAGGAAUUUGAGAGUAAUAAUCAUCUUCGUCGGCUGGUUAGAAAUGGGGAAUUAGAAGAAGGGUUUAAGUUUCUUGAAAGCAUGGUUUAUCAUGGUGAUAUUCCUGAUAUAAUCCCUUGCACGAGUUUAAUUCGUGGAUUCUGUAAGGUUGGUAAGACUAGGAAGGCAACUAGAGUUAUGGAGAUUAUAGAAGAUUCUGGGGCUGUUCCUGAUGUCAUAACUUACAAUGUUUUGAUUAGUGGGUAUUGCAAGUCAGGGGAGAUUGAUAAUGCUUUUCGUCUUUUGGAUCGAAUGAGUGUAGCUCCUGAUGUUGUUACAUAUAAUACUAUUUUGCGUACCUUAUGUGAUAGUGGGAAGUUGAGUCUAGCCAUGAAAGUUCUUAAUAGACAGUUGGAGAGGGAAUGCUUUCCCGAUGUAAUCACUUAUACCAUAUUAAUUGAAGCAACUUGCAAGGAAAGUGGUGUUGGUCAGGCAAUGAAGCUCUUUGAUGAGAUGAGGAGUAGAGGAUGCAAACCUGAUGUGGUUACCUACAAUGUUCUUGUCAAUGGAAUUUGUAAGGAAGGAAGGUUGGAUGAAGCAAUCAAAUUCUUGAAUGACAUGCCAUCUUUUGGAUGCCAACCUAAUGUGAUUACACAUAAUAUUAUUUUACGUAGCAUGUGUAGCACUGGUAGGUGGAUGGAUGCAGAGAGACUAUUAGCUGAAAUGGUUCGGAAUGGAUGCUCUCCUAGUGUUGUUACAUUCAAUAUAUUGAUUAAUUUCUUGUGUCGAAAGCGUUUAUUGGGUCGAGCAAUUGAUGUAUUGGAGAAGAUGCAUAAGUAUGGAUGUACUCCAAAUUCCUUAAGUUACAACCCAUUGCUCCAUGGUUUCUGCAAAGAAAAGAAUAUGGAAAGGGCUAUUGAGUAUUUAGAAAUUAUGGUGUCCAGGGGUUGUUACCCUGAUAUUGUGACCUAUAAUACUCUCCUCACUGCAUUAUGCAAAGAUGGGAAGGUUGAUGUUGCAGUUGAGAUACUUAACCAGCUUAGUACCAAGUUUUGUUCGCCCGUUUUGAUCACUUACAACACAGUUAUUGAUGGGCUCUCAAAGGUGGGGAAAACAGAACAAGCUAUGAAACUUUUGAAUGAGAUGUGCGGAAAGGGUCUCAAGCCUGAUGCAAUUACCUACUCUUCCCUUGUUGGUGGGCUUAGUAGAGAAGGCAAGGUUGAUGAAGCAAUUAAGCUUUUCCGUGAUCUGGAUAGAUUAAGCAUCAGGCCUAAUGUAAUUACCUACAAUUAUAUAAUGUCAUCACUUUGUAAGGCUCGGCAGACAGACCGUGCAAUUGACUUCUUGGCGGACAUGGUAAUGAGGGGUUGUAAACCCACGGAAACUACAUAUACCAUUCUCAUUGAAGGCAUAGCUUAUGAAGGUUUAGCCAAGGAGGCUUUGGAGCUAUUAAAUCAACUGUGCUCCAAAGGAGUUGUGAAGAAAAGCUCAGCAGAACAGGUGGCAGUCAAGAUGUAGCCUACCGUCAGUAGCAUCUUUCGUUUUUAGUUGGCUGGUAACUAGUAAUCUGUGUAUGGAGUUUCUGUAGCUUUGUGUUGGCAAUAUACAUAAUUUUGUAUUAGUUUAUUUUCUAUUUUUCGUAGCUUUUCUCUGAAGAGUGAAAAUUCAAGUUCAUUUUUGGCAGAUAGUCUAUGUAACCUUUCUAUUUAGUCUUAGGACUUGGGUUGUAACUUGUACCGAUGAACAUUCACUACACUUGCAUGUCUAUCCUGAUCUGUUGCUGAUCACACUUAAGAAAUUUGCCUUUUAUUGUUUCAA